UGAGGCUGCCUGCCUUCCCGCCCCGCCCACAGCAGGGUCGAAUGCGCUACCCGAGCAGGCAAAGUAAAUCAAGCACCGACGAAAAAGAAACGGCCGUGAUUUCCCGCGGUGGGUCGCGCUUGCGUCCAAGAAGGCGUGAGCGCUGUUUUGAUGACGCCAGCGGCGCGACGGAGGAAGCGGAGUGGCUGGCUGAUGGCGCCGGUGGGAAGGAGUUGGAGGAGUGCUUCGGAGCCGAAGAGAAAUGCUGGUACCGAGAAGUCACAGGCUCUCCGGAGCCGGAAACAGUCGUGGAGACGGGACCCGCGUCGUCUGAGGGGGAGCGUUCAGGAGGGUCAAGGCUUUGCCUUCUGGAGAAAGCAAAAAAUUCAACAUGACUACAAAAAAUUACUGAAAAAGGUAAACAAUGCCAAGUCUCAAAAGAAUAUUGAUUACACAGACAAGUACCCAGAACACUUGAAGCAUCUUUACUUAGCUGAAGAAGAAAUGCUUAAGAAGCAACGCAGGGCUAAAAAUAAUGGUCCAGUUGUACAGGAAGGAAAGGAUACUGCACCACCAAAGUCCAGUGUUAUUCAGAGAAAACCUAAAAUGAAAACCUCAAACCAGAAAGCAAAAUUAGAUUAUGAGAAAAUAAAGGCAGCACAAGAUGAGAAAAAAGAGGCAGCCAGAAAAAGGAGAGAAGAAAGAGAAAAAGCUCAGAAGCUGUACAAACAGAAGAAAAUGGAAGCGUAUAAGAUACUGAGUAAAAGAACUAGAAAGGGACAGCCAAAUCUAAACUUACAAAUGGAGUACCUCCUUCAGAAAAUACAGCAAAACCCAUAAAUGUUUCUUAUGCAAGUACAAAGAUGUCUUGAAAUUAAACGCCCCCGCACUUUAGUUUGGGAAUAACAGCUGUUAUUACAGUUUUCUAAAAUAAAGUGUUUUUUGGGUAGUAGAGAAAAAUCUCUUGGCAAAAUCUCAUUUUCUGUAUAAAUGUGCACCUGGUGCCAUAGUCUUGUUUUUAUAUUUUACAAUUAAAGCAUUUUUUUCUGAA